AUGAAAUCAAUUAUUUUAGCAAGUGCAAUUAUUAUGGCUUGCUUAUCACUUUCAUACGGUUAUGACUGUCGAUGUGCUUGUUGUCUCACUACUAUAUGGAAUUUUAACUGUACACCAGUGAAUCAACCAGUGAUAGAUGUAGCAAAUUGUCCUUCAUGUAUUAAACAAUUGUGUACUGAUAAAUAUCCUACACAGUGUCCUGCUGAGAAUAGUUUCAUUAAAAAUUCAUGCAAUAGUACCCAUACAAGUGGAUCGUCGUAUGGACAACAAAUAUUAGUACCACUAUUAAUACUACCGGCGAUCUUAUCAUUUUGUAACAUAGCAUUUGACAAAUUUGCUGAUAUGAAAUAA